GAUUUGGUACCUGUCAAGUUGUCAAGCAGUGAAAAUCCAAACAAUUUCUUGUUAUUGAUUUAAUGUGUAAUAUUUAUAUUUACUUUUUUAUUUAGAUUAAAUUUUAUUCUUACAUGAAAUGAACAUGGAUCCCAUGGAAGAACAAUUAUCAUCUGAUUCCUCAGAUGUAGAAGAUGGAGAGCAAGAAUUGGUUAAAAGAGCCGAAUAUCUAGAGGCUAGUUUAUUAAACAAUAAAUACUUAUAUGAUGAACAUAUUGAGGUUAUUAAGAUAUAUAGAGACCUUGCAGAGUUAAAUUCAAUGAGAGAUGCUUACCGAAGAUUUCAUCAGUGUUUCCCUCUUACUCCAAAAAUUUGGUUAGAAUGGAUAAGAGAUGAAAUUAAAAUAGCCAAUAUUAAGGACGAACAAAAAAACGUUUUGGAUCUUUUUGAAAAGGCAGUACAAGAUUAUCUCGCUGUAGAACUUUGGGUAGAAUAUGCACAAUAUUCACUAAAAGUUAAUGGCUUGGAAUAUACUAGAAAUGUAUUAGAAAAGGGAUUAACCUUUGUUGGUUUACAUGUCAGUGAAGGUUCUUUAUUAUGGGAUACUUUACGGGAAAUAGAAUAUGCACAUAUUUCUUUGCACAAAGAAAAUUCACCAGAAUGGUUUGCCCAAGUGAAGAGGCUAGCUGAUGUUUUCAAAAGACAACUUUCUGUUCCACUACUAAAUAUGGAAAAUACUUAUCAAGAAUGGACUGAUUGGUAUAAAACAUUACCAGAUGGUCUAAUAGAAUCAAAACCUUUAGAAUUGGGUUAUCAAAAGGCAUUAAAAACACUUGAAGUGUAUAAACCUUUUGAAGAAAAAAUUCUAAAUGCAGACAAUACUGAACUUUAUGAUGUGUACAAAGAGUAUAUAAAUAACGUUAAAGAUACUUCUACUAUUAUAUGUUUAUAUGAACGAGUAGUAUUACCUUUAUGUCUAACACCAGAUAUUUGGGAAGAUUACAUCAAAUUCACCUUCAAAUUAAAAGAUGUGGUGUUAAGAAUUACUAAUAGGGCCAUACGAAAUUGUACUUGGAGUGAAAAAUUAUGGAUAGCUCGAAUUAGAGCUUUGGAAUUUCAUAAAAUGAGUGAAGAUGAGAUCCUAUCUUGCUUCGAGGAAGGUUUAACAAAGAUAAAUCCAUCCCCUGCUGUGGAAUUCUGGCAAUCAUUUUUGGAAUAUUAUCACCGUAAUUGCGAGGAUCAUACAAAAUUGACUAAAUUAUUUCUUCAAGCUUCGGAACAGAUAACGCCUGACAGUGACCCUACUUUUAAACUCACUAGGUGGUAUGCUCGUGUAUUAGCUAAAAGGGGUGACUUGGAAUCUGUUAGAAAACUUUGGAGUAAUAUAAUGAGCCAUCAACAAAGCAAAGAGUCUGCCAAUACUUGGUGCGAAUAUGCAAAUUUGGAAAAACAAUACGGUACACCUAAAAAUGUCAGGAAUAUUUUCAACAGAGCCCUAGCUUCUUGUAAGGAAUGGUCUCUCUAUAUUUUAGAAGAAUGGUUAAUGUUCGAACGUGAAGUUGGAUCAUUAGAGGAUAUUAUACGAUGCGAAGAUAAACGUAACCAUCUUUAUAAAACGAUUAACCAAUCAACUCCAACUAAUGGCACGUCUGAAGUAACUCGUGCAAAUAAAAAGCGAAGUCAUGAAGGGGACACUGGAUCGUUCAAAAAGAGAAGAUAUGAACAAGAUACUGGAGCAUUCAAAAAGAAAAGACGUGAAGAAGAUACUGGAUCUUUUGAAAAGUGGAGCCAUGAAGAAGAUACUGAAUCAUUCAAAAAGCGGAGCCAAGAUACUGAAUCUCGGUUUAAGAAAAAGAAUGACUUUGUUAAACCAACCACGUCAUCUCCACAAUUGAAUGAUAAAAACAACACAGUUUUCGUUAGCAAUUUACAUCCUGCUGUUAACGAAGAAAAAUUGAAAGAAAUUUUCCCGAAUGCUUUAAAUAUUCAUAUCGUUCUUGAUAAACAUGGAAAAUCCCGCUGCUUCGGUUACAUACACUUUUCUCAAGAGGAGGAAUGUAGAAAUGCAUUAGCUAAAGAUAGAGUCCCAAUUAACGGUCGACCUGUUUUCGUAUCGGAAUUCAAAUCGAAAAAUGAGAAAGAUUCUUUAAAAAAUACAAGAGACAGUCACCAAAAUAUAUUAUUUAUUAAAGAUAUACCAUUAACCAAAACUAAAGAAGAUCUGGAAGGGAUUUUUAAAUCGUAUGAACCGGUAGAGGUGCGAUUGAUCUACAAAAGAAAUGGGGAAUCAAAAGGAAUCGCUUAUGUUGAAUUUAAAACUCCAGAGGAAGCUCAGAACGUAUUGAAAAAAUGUCAGUCAUUAACUAUAGAUGGUAAUAAAGUAUUGGUGGCUAUUAGUGAACCCCCGAAGAAAAAACCUACCGAAAGAUCAGAAAAACUAAGACCUGUACGACACGUUAGAUUAGAGAUUCCAUUGAUACCAAGAGCAUUGUUGAUUAAACCUAGUAAAAAAAAUGAGAAUAAAAACACCGAAAAUUAAGAAAAUAAUUAAGAUUAUUUUUUUUUUAAUUGUAAUUUUAAGUUUAAAUAAAGAAAUUUUACCUUU